UGGGGGGAUGAAGGAGGUUGAGGAGGGGGCUUGGAAAAGUAUGAUCCCGUUUUAGCCCUGUGGGGGAGAGUAUUUCCCCUCGGUGGACGUGUCUGGGGAUGCAGAGGAGCGUUCACACUCCCUCUGCUCUGCCUGGGAAAGCCGGGCACCGAAAUGCACUUGAACGGGGAAUGUUUUUUCUUGCAGGCUGCACAACAGCCGGGCGUGUUGGACGCAACCACCGGGCACUGUUGAGGAAGGAUCUCCGGGAGCCACGCUCGCGCCUCCGCGACCCGCUCGGAUUCCUCCAGGACUCGGGAGUGGCACUGGGAGGAAGGGGACCGCCUUCUGCAGUUGGCGCGGACACCACCUGCCAAGACGACCCGUUGCCUUUGUUUUUUAAGUCUCCAGAAAUGGAAGAAGACGGAGAAGUCCGUUGAAGUCCGAAAAACUCACCGCAUUUGAAGGGGUUUCCUGAAAACCUUCAUUUCCUGGCACUUUGUUUUCUCCAGCCCUGCCCCUCCUCGGAGCCUGGUGCGGAAUUCUUCCCUUUUUGGUGUGGUGGCAUUUCCACCCCCCAAUGUGGACUCCACAGGAUUUGUCCCUUCUUUGUAAUUUGAAAUGAAAUGAUGGCCACGCGUCGGACUGGUCUGCCUGAGGGAGAUGGUGACAAGCUCAAGGCCUGCGAGGUCUCAAAAAAUAAAGAUGGAAAAGAACAAAGUGAAACUGUAUCACCGUCCGAAGAUGAAACAUUCGCCUGGCCAGGUCCCAAAACAGUUCUGUUGAAAAGAACAUCUCAAGGCUUUGGUUUUACAUUAAGGCAUUUUAUUGUUUAUCCCCCAGAGUCUGCAAUUCAAUUUUCAUAUAAGGAUGAAGAAAAUGGAAACAGAGGAGGAAAACAAAGAAACCGCUUGGAACCAAUGGAUACCAUAUUUGUUAAACAAGUGAAAGAAGGGGGACCUGCUUUUGAAGCUGGAUUAUGCACAGGUGACCGAAUUAUAAAAGUCAAUGGAGAAAGUGUUAUUGGCAAGACCUAUUCCCAAGUAAUUGCUUUAAUUCAGAACAGUGAUACAACAUUGGAACUUAGUGUUAUGCCAAAAGACGAAGACAUUCUCCAAGUGGCAUAUUCUCAAGAUGCCUACCUGAAAGGCAACGAAGCCUACAGCGGCAAUGCCCGCAACAUACCUGAACCUCCACCAAUCUGCUAUCCCUGGCUGCCACCUGCCCCGUCAGCCACGGCACAGCCAGUUGAAAUCUCUCCUCCAGACUCAUCACUGAGUAAACACCAAACCAGUACACCAGUACUGGUGCAACCUGGCAGGGCCUAUAGAAUGGAAAUCCAAGUGCCUCCAUCACCGACAGAUGUUGCAAAAUCAAACACAGCAGUGUGUGUUUGCAAUGAAAGUGUAAGGACUGUCAUUGUGCCUUCUGAGAAGGUCGUAGAUUUGUUAUCCAAUAGAAACACCCAUGCAGGUCCUUCACAUAGAACUGAAGAGGUGAGGUAUGGCAUGAAUGAGCAGACCUCUUUAAAAACAGUGUCAAGAACCACGUCACCACCUUCAUCGAUUCCCACUGCCCAUCUAAUUCAUCAGACUACCGGCUCUAGAUCGUUGGAACCUUCCAGAAUUUUACUAAAAUCUGGAAAUCACAGCGGACAUUCAGAAGGAAUCUCAAGCAAUAGGUCUCAAGCUGUGGAUUCCUCUUCUGUUUCUGUUAAUCACUACUCGCCAAAUUCCCAUCAGCACAUAGACUGGAAAAACUAUAAAACGUACAAAGAGUAUAUUGAUAACAGACGAUCGCACAUAGGUUGUCGGACAAUUCAAGAAAGACUAGAUAGUUUGAGAGCAGCAUCUCAGAACACAACAGAUUAUAACCAGGUGGUGCCCAGCCGCACGACUCUGCAGGUACGACGUCGAAGCACCUCUCAUGACCGAGUGCCCCAGUCUGUUCAGAUCCGGCAGCGCAGUGUGUCCCAGGAAAGACUGGAGGAUCCUGUGCUGAUGAAAUACUGCCCAAGAAGCGCUUCUCAAGGAGCGCUGACAUCUCCCUCUGUUAGUUUUAGUAAUCACAGAACUCGUUCAUGGGAUUAUAUCGAGGGACAGGGUGAAACUGUAGAAAAUGUCAAUUCUGAGAGUCAAAUACCCGAUUCCAAUGGUGACCGAAAACAGACUUAUAAGUGGAGUGGAUUUACCGAACAGGAUGACAGACGAGGCAUUUAUGAAAGACCGAGGCAACAAGAAGUUCAUAAAUCUUUUCAAGGUUCAAAUUUUACCGUGGCCCCGAGUGUUGUUAAUUCUGACAACAGGCGGAUGGUGGCAGGUAGGGGAGUGGGAUCCGUGUCACAGUUUAAAAAAAUCCCGCCAGAUCUAAAAACACUGCCAUCCAACAGAAACUUUCAGACUACUUGUGGGAUGUCACUGCCUCCGGGGAUGUCACAAGAGAGGUCACCUCUUGUGAAAGUCCGAAGCAGCUCCCUGAAAGCGCCUUCCACACAUGUCACAAAACCAUCGUUCAGCCAGAACUCGUUUGCUUCCAUCAAAGACCAAAGACCAGUCAAUCACUUACAUCAAAACAGUCUACUGAGUCAGCAGACGUGGUUGAGAACUGAAAGUACCCCCGAUCAGCACGCAGAAGCUGGAAAAUCCCCUCCUUUCUCUGGAGCCCCCGCUAAGACUGCCCCGCAGAUGAGUGACCACUCUGGCACUUCAGACUUAGAAUUACCUGUCAGUCAAGCAAAUCAAGAUUUAAAUUUACAAGAGGCUGAAUUUCAGCAGUCAGAUCCUUUAGAUAAUAAAGACACUGUCAUCCUAAGAGAAAAACCUCCAUCCGGUCGCCAGACCCCGCAGCCUUUAAGGCAUCAGUCUUACAUCUUGGCAGUCAAUGACCAGGAGACCGGCUCAGACACCACCUGCUGGCUGCCCAACGAUGCCCGCCGGGAGGUUCACAUCAAACGAAUGGAGGAGAGGAAGGCCUCCAGCGCCAGCCCGCCCGGCGACUCCUUGGCGUCCAUCCCCUUCAUAGAUGAACCAACUAGCCCCAGCAUCGAUCAUGACAUUGCACAUAUCCCCGCUUCUGCUGUUAUCUCUGCCUCUACCUCUCAGGUCCCCUCCAUAGCGACAGUUCCUCCCAGCCUCACAACUUCAGCUCCUUUAAUUCGACGUCAACUCUCCCAUGAUCAUGAAUCUGUUGGACCCCCCAGCUUGGAUGCCCAGCCCAGCUCAAAGACAGAAAGGUCAAAAUCAUAUGAUGAGGGUCUGGAUGAUUACAGGGAAGAUGCAAAAUUGUCCUUUAAACAUGUAUCUAGCCUGAAAGGAAUCAAGAUCACAGACAGCCAGAAGUCCUCAGAAGACUCCGGAUCCAGAAAAGAUUCCUCCUCAGAGGUUUUCAGUGAUGCUGCUAAGGAAGGGUGGCUCCAUUUCCGGCCACUUGUCACCGAUAAGGGCAAGCGUGUUGGUGGAAGUAUUCGGCCAUGGAAACAGAUGUAUGUUGUACUCCGGGGCCACUCACUUUACUUGUACAAAGAUAAAAGAGAGCAGACGACGCCGUCCGAGGAAGAGCAGCCCAUCAGUGUUAAUGCCUGCUUGAUAGACAUUUCCUACAGCGAGACCAAGAGGAAAAACGUGUUUCGACUCACCACGUCCGACUGUGAGUGCCUGUUCCAGGCCGAAGACAGAGACGAUAUGCUGGCGUGGAUCAAGACCAUUCAGGAGAGCAGCAACCUCAAUGAAGAGGACACUGGAGUUACUAACAGGGAUCUAAUUAGUCGAAGAAUAAAAGAAUAUAACAGUCUGAUGAGCAGCAAAGCAGAACAGUUGCCAAAAACACCUCGCCAGAGUCUCAGCAUCAGGCAGACAUUGCUUGGUGCUAAAUCAGAGCCAAAGACUCAAAGCCCACACUCUCCAAAGGAAGAGUCAGAAAGGAAACUUCUCAGUAAAGAUGAUACCAGUCCCCCAAAAGACAAAGGCACAUGGAGAAAAGGCAUUCCAAGUAUCAUGAGAAAGACAUUUGAAAAAAAGCCUACUGCGACAGGAACAUUUGGCGUUCGACUGGAUGAUUGCCCGCCAGCUCAUAAUAAUCGGUAUAUUCCAUUAAUAGUUGACAUAUGUUGCAAAUUAGUUGAAGAAAGAGGUCUUGAAUAUACAGGUAUUUAUAGAGUUCCUGGAAAUAAUGCAGCCAUCUCAAGUAUGCAAGAAGAACUCAACAAGGGAAUGGCUGAUAUUGAUACAGAAGAUGAUAAAUGGCGAGAUUUGAAUGUGAUAAGCAGUUUACUAAAAUCCUUCUUCAGAAAACUCCCUGAACCUCUCUUCACAAAUGAUAAAUAUGCCGAUUUUAUUGAAGCCAAUCGUAAAGAAGAUCCUCUAGAUCGUCUGAAAACAUUAAAAAGACUAAUUCAUGAUUUGCCUGAACAUCAUUACGAAACACUUAAGUUUCUUUCGGCUCAUCUCAAGACAGUGGCAGAAAAUUCAGAAAAAAAUAAGAUGGAACCAAGAAAUCUAGCAAUAGUGUUUGGUCCAACACUUGUGCGGACAUCAGAAGACAAUAUGACCCACAUGGUCACUCACAUGCCUGACCAGUACAAGAUCGUAGAGACCCUAAUCCAGCAUCAUGACUGGUUUUUCACAGAAGAAGGUGCUGAAGAACCUCUUACAACAGUGCAGGAAGAAAACACUGUAGACUCCCAGCCAGUGCCAAACAUAGAUCAUUUACUCACCAACAUUGGAAGGACAGGAGUGUCGCCUGGAGAUGUAUCAGAUUCAGCUACUAGUGACUCAACAAAGUCUAAGGGGUCGUGGGGCUCCGGGAAGGAUCAGUACAGCAGGGAGCUGCUGGUGUCCUCCAUCUUCGCGGCCGCCAGUCGCAAGAGGAAAAAGCCCAAGGAAAAGGCCCAGCCUAGCAGCUCGGAAGACGAACUGGACAAUGUCUUCUUUAAGAAGGAAAACGUGGAGCAGUGUCACCACGACGCUAAAGAAGAGUCCAAGAAAGAAAGUGAGGCGUCGGGCAGGAAACAGAGGAUCCUGGUUGCCAAAGACAACGGCGGCAGGAAAGAGCCCGGCGCUGUGAGAGACAACAAGACCCAGGCCCGGAAGGAGAGCACGCCCCCCGCCGAGCCCUCGGCCCCGCACAACUCCAAACACCGCAAGUCGCCCACGCUCAGCAGUCGCUUCGCCGUCCUGAAGGAGAGCCCCCGAUCGCUGUUGUCACCGAAACCCUCGCACUCGGACGAGACGGGGUCCGACCCGGGCUCGCUGCUGAGCGCGGCCUCCUCGGCCAGGGCUUCCGCGAGGAAGCCGGCCAGCCCGGACACGAAACGCGGGGAGCUCCCGGCCGGCUCCGUCACCUCCGAGUACCCUGCCACCGCGGCCGCCGCCUGCCUGCCCGGCCUGGACUGCAGCCGGCUGAGCCCCGACGCGCGCUCGGUGGCCGAGAGCAGGGGCGAGGAGGCGGACGACGAGCGGAGCGAGCUGGUGAGCGAGGGGCGGCCGGCGGAGAGCGACAGCGAGAGUGACUUCCCCGUGUUCGCCGCCGCCCCGACGCCGGACGGGCCGUGCCGGGCCCGAGCGCAGGACGCCCCCAAGCCGGGCCGCAGGAGCUCGGACGGCAGCGAGGCGAGCGGCGCCGAGGGCAGCCUCACCCCUAGCCUGGACGGCCGCCGGCCGCCCUUCAGCUCGCACAAGCUCAUCGAGUGCGACACGCUGUCCCGCCGGAAGUCCGCUCGCUUCCGGUCGGACGGCGGAAGCCUGGGGGACGCCAGGUCCGAGCGGGAGCCGCCGCCCGUCGUCAGGGUGUUCGACGUCAUGAAGAAAGGCAGGUCCACCGGGAGCCUGCUGCCACCGGCCCGGGGCGACGCGGAGCGGCAGGAGCCCACCUGGAAGACGAGAAUAGCCGACCGGUUGAAACUGAGGCCCAGAGCGCCCGCGGACGACAUGUUCGCGGUCGGAAGCCAGAAGACCGGCGCCGAGACCACGAAGAGGAAAAACAUCAAACGCAGACACACGCUGGGAGGGCACCGCGAUGCCACCGAAAUCAGCGUACUGAGUUUUUGGAAAGCGCACGAACAGAGCGGGGAGAGAGAACCGGAGCUUUCCGCAGUGAAUCGCUUGAAACCCAAAUGCCCGGCGCAGGACCUGUCCAUCUCCGACUGGCUCGCGCGGGAGCGCCUCCGCACCAGCGCGUCCGACCUGAGCGGGGACGCCGGGGACCCCCAGCCCGCGAAUCCCAGCGGGCCAGAGCCACCCGCGACCGACACGCCUUUGUCUUUCCAGGCCGACCCAGGCCGUUCUUCCGGCACCUUGGCUUCGACCCACAGGCCCCUUCUGUCUCCACCGCCACAGUCGUCUGACCAAAUAAACGGAGGAAGCUUCCAGAACACGAGCCGCAACGCCAGCGCUGCCGUUAAUGCCCAACCUCAUAAACUAUCCGAAACCCCGGGCACUAAAGCACAGUUUCAUCCCUGUCUUUGAACUGGGGCAUGUCCACUAUAGCAAAUCAAAAGCUACUGUCAUCACACGUUCCAAUAACUCUGUAAAUAUUUUCUUGUACCAGAAUUGUUAUUAUGCAGCCUUCAUUUGGGCUGGUUUCAUCAUCUUGCACUGUGGAAUAGCUUUACAGUGCAUCACGACAGCCAGAAGAACACAUAUGUAUAUUUAAAGAUAUAUCGGAUAGUUGUAUACAAAUGAGCAAGGUAUUUGUUGCAACUUACUACAUAGUAUAUACCCCAAAUUACUGAAGAAAGUCGCUGGCAUUAGUGUGCAGCCAAUUUGUUCUUUUUUGAUUUCAUCACUAACAAAAGUGCCUCAUCAUAAAAAUACAUUUGGUUUUUAGGGUGCCAUAUUGUUAAAAUUAGAUAACUUACAUUGAAUAAAUGAUUGCAUAUUAUUGGUAACAAAUUUCAUUACACAUGCCAGUUUUAACACAGGUGGAUACAGAACCUUCCAUUCUUUAGUCAUUCCAGGUGGGUCUGAGUUUUAUAUUCAAACUUUUAAUACAGUUUUUGAGUUUUGUGUGACUUGAAUUUUUAAUCUUUCUGUAAAAUACAUAACUUAAAUGAACAUAUUAAAUGUGUAUCUUUUCUUCAGAUACCAGAUUUGAUAUAAAUGUUGUAACAUAGGUGUGUAGAUAGUGGAUCCUGGAUGGAACUGGCUUCUUUAUCGAGAAGAAUAUAAUUCUGCAUGAGGGCUUAAUGAAUCCAAACCUGUGUCAUGCCUGUGUGCAUACCCAAUUAAACACUGGAAAUAAAAAAAAAUUGUUUUGGUGAA